GUGUCAAAGGUACUGGAAGAAUGGAAGCCCAAGUUCCCCAGCAUCCUAGAAGACAUCCUUGCCGCCGAGGUGCCCGCUAACAUCGGUGGGCCCUGUAUAUGUGGCAACGCGCUAGCUACGGUACGAUGCCGGGACUGCCUGCAAGGCGCCCUCCAAUGCCGCCAAUGCCUCGUCGACAGCCACCGUCUAUCACCUCUCCACUGGAUCGACGUCUGGAAUGGACGCUGCCUAGAGAGGCAGGACAUGUCUGAAGCCGGUCUCGUACUCUACCUGGGACAUAACGGGCAUCGGUGCCCAUCUCUCCGAGGAACAAAACACCCCAUCGUAUACACCGUCACACACAGUAACGGAAUUCACCGUGUACCCGUCCAUGAGUGCUGUUGUCCCGACGCGCGCGGCACUGUCUCGCAACUUCUUCGGGCCGGAUUGUUUCCCGCCACCUUGGAACGACCCGAGAGCGCGUUCACCUUCGACGUCCUGCGACAAUGGGAUAUGCACUUCCUUACGUCGAAAAAGGGCACAUACGACUACUACGAUGCCUUGCGGCGGCUGACAGACAACUCGGGCACUCGAAUCGUCAAGAAUCGCUAUCGUGAACUCAACCUCGCAGGUCGUCUUUGGCAACAUUUAACUGCACUGAAACGGUCGGGGAUGCACCACGACCUGAUCCUUCCCAACCGACCCGCAUCCAUCGCCGUUCCGUGUUUUGCUUGCCCAUGGCCAGGUUUCAACAUGCCUCCCAAUUGGCAACAGACACCGCCCGACCUUGCUUAUAUACACGGAUGCGAGCUCGGCGGAGAUGGAAACCACGGACUGCAGAAGAAACGGAAACGGGACGAUCCAGCAGAUGUCAGCCUGGGCGAAGGACGGGGUUUCUUUGUUGACCCGAUGAAGAUGCAAACGUACCUGGCCGAAAUCGACGCCGAGGCAGCUGUGAGUACUCCACAUUACCAGCCGGAGACUUGCAGUGGGUUCAAAGUAGGCCGAGCUCAGCGACCUGGAAAGUUCCGCAAUCUAGAGGUUAGCGGGGUAGUCGCAGUCAUAUGCAUUCGUCACGGGUGCUUCAGACCGGGUGCCAUGGUUGAUCUUCAGAAGGGCGAGAGGUAUGUCAACGCGUGCCAGAGUAUUCAAUUUGCUAACAUCACGUCAGAUAUGGUCAUAUGGACUUCGCUUUGGCGGGCGCCCUCGCAGGGAUGGAAGAGGUCCUGCAUUUCAUCUUCACCUACGACGUCGCGUGCAUCUAUGGCAUCAACCUUCGUAACCGCUUCGGGAAGCGCUUCCCACAUCUCCUUCCGCUGCUCGACCGAAUGCAGCUGCUUCUUCCGAAGCUCCACAUGCUCGCCCACAAGGAGCGCUGCCAGAUAUUGUACGCGCUUUGCUACUCUUGGGGGGCUGGGCUCUCGCACGGGGAGAGCGUGGAGCACCCGUGGGCGGAACACAACCAAGUCGGCCUCAGCACCCGCGAGAUGA